CUGUUUGAGGAGUUGCUAUUUCCUGGUUAGACUGUCAGCCAUUUUGGGUUUGAGACAACCAGCCUUUAGGUUUUUGGGGAGUAGUUACUUUUAAUUUGACUAAACAGUUUCAAUUUGAAGUUCUUUAAAGCAAAGGGGAGCACCAUUUUACAAGAAGAGGGAGUCUAAAGUGACAUGUCAACAAUGAAUCCCGAAUAUGAUUAUUUAUUCAAGCUGCUUCUGAUUGGUGACUCCGGUGUGGGAAAAUCUUGCCUCCUUCUUCGGUUUGCAGAUGAUACAUACACAGAAAGCUACAUUAGCACAAUUGGCGUGGACUUUAAAAUAAGAACUAUAGAAUUAGAUGGAAAGACAAUCAAGCUUCAAAUUUGGGACACAGCAGGGCAGGAAAGGUUCCGAACGAUCACAUCCAGUUACUACAGAGGAGCGCAUGGCAUUAUAGUUGUUUAUGAUGUUACAGACCAAGAGUCUUUCAACAAUGUUAAACAGUGGCUACAGGAGAUUGACCGUUAUGCCAGUGAAAAUGUUAACAAGUUAUUGGUAGGGAACAAAUGUGACCUAACUACAAAGAAGGUUGUGGACUACACAACGGCAAAGGAAUUUGCAGACUCUCUCGGAAUUCCAUUUUUGGAAACCAGUGCAAAGAAUGCAACAAAUGUAGAACAAGCCUUCAUGACAAUGGCUGCGGAGAUUAAAAAACGAAUGGGCCCAGGAGCUACAGCUGGUGGAUCAGAGAAGUCCAAUGUUAAAAUCCAGAGCACUCCAGUCAAGCCAUCUUCUGGAGGCUGCUGCUAAGGUCCUCCUUAUCUUCUCUCCCAUAAAUCUAUGAUGUAAUAAGCCCAAGUGUAAGAAAAGUUGCCUGAAUUGUACUGUAUGUGGCCGCACUACUACAAAUUCUUCAAACAAGGUCAGCAAUUCAACGGUCAAUCCCUGGCUGUUUUUAUCCCCACAAUUCAAGACCGCUAACUUCAUUUUCAGAACUGUUUUAAACCUUUGUGUGCUGGUUUAUAAAUAAUAAUGUGUGUAAAUCUCAUUGCUUUACUACAGGACAGUUCUGUGGUUGGUUUAAAUAAAGUUUUUUUGUUUUGAUGUUUAUAUUGGCAUGUUUAGCUGUCCAGUUAGGUCCUCCUCUGAAGAUGAAGUUCAGCCAUUUGCGCAACCAACAGCACAACAGUGUUUCACUGUCUAUGGCAUCAAUAACGUUUAGUGAAAUAUGUUAUAUAUGUAAGAUCUGAUUUGCUAGUCCUUCUGUAGAGAGAUAAGUGGAAUAAAUUACAUUAUAUGAUUAGCAGUUUAACUUCAUAAUCUCUGCAUAUAAUUUGUGGCUGCAGACUAUUGUAAUUUGUUGCACAACAUGUAACAUUAAACAACUGAAGAAAUGUUUAAUAAAUAUUGUACUUAUUGAAAUUA